UAAGGGGAAUGCGUCCAUCAGAGACCCAGAAUAGCAUGUUAGCUCUGACCCGCUGCUGCCACAGCAACAUGAACCGGCUCCUGUGGAAUGUUCCUGCUCUUAGCUUAAGCUUGUUCUGUUAUUUCCUGUCCGCCAUGAUGGACGGACAAAUCUCACAAACUUCACCGCUGCCCAUCUCUCGUACAAAACGGAAUAUUUUGGUGAUACUAGUCCGUUAGCUCCGUUAGCUUUUGUAGUCAGAGUCAGUAUUAAUGGUGUCUGAGGGGUGUAUGUCUGGCCAGCUUCGCUCGAAACGCGGCCUAUUGCUCUUUGACAGUCAUGUGAGCGGGCCUGGCAGUGACUGGGCUCGCGCUCUCCGCCGAUUCGAACUCGACACCGAGUGGCCUGAAUAGAACGCCUCGGAACAUUCUAUAACUGUACGAACACAAGCGUUCUUAAAGCGUAAACAGAGGCGGCCGGCAAACCCUAUACAGAAACUUUAAUAAAAUCCACGCGCUGGCUUGUAUAUUUACAGUAUCUAUUGAUAAAAUAAUUAAACGUAUGUUAUUUUUAUAUUAAAAUGCAUUUUCUGACGCUGUAUAGCCGUGUAUGCAACGUCUGAAGAAGCUCAUGGCGCCUCGCGACGGAGGCUGCCAACUCUUAAAGAACUUAGAUUUCAAUCCAAAGACUUGGAUUUCCUUUUCUCAAAUUGUACACUUUAACGUGUGUACAUUUUGACCUGUAACUGUUCAAACGCACCGCAGGCGUAGCUGGGUCAACUUUUGAUAACAAGCCAUUCGGUCCGGUUCUGCUGGCUGUUGUGCCAUGUAAAAGGUCUCAGGAGUACACCGCUGCACUUCUCCAAAACGGUUUAUAUUUGAUGCAUAAAAACGCUUAGUAUGUUUUGUAGCACCUCUCGAAACAUAUCGUUGCAGUUGUCACUUCACAAAAUCGUUGUAAUGUAUAAACAAUCACCGCUAAUCAUCCAUGCUGCCCACUUAGCAUGCUAAGCUAGCUGAUGACUUGGCCGGUUUGUUGACCGAAUACGCACAGAUAGUCAAGACUUAAACAUAAACAGAGUAUAAUUUGUCUCUGAAACAAACAUAACUAAACAAUUUUGUAAAUUAUUAUCAUGGAAAUUAAUCGCUGCUGAUUAAAUAUACGGUAUCCCACCUCAACUAAUGUGACUUUACCACAUAAAUGAGAGCUCACGUCAGGCGUGAAAUGUGUUAAAGGAAUUUCAGAUGUAUUCAGCUCAGUGUUUUUGAUUAAUUUCGGCACUUUUACACAUGUCCACUAAUGCUGGGGAACUACCCAAAUAUGACUGAGUACUCCAUUUUGACACGUCAUACCUCCGGUUAAAAAUAGGGCGAUGUCAGACUUGAGCUGGCCGAUGAAAGCACGCUAGCAUGGGCUACUCUCUUCAGUCGCAAAGGACAGAGGUCGUGCAGACCCGUUUUAAAGCUCAAACUGGUGAUUUGGGUGUUGGUUCAAAUGUUUAGAUAUACUGUACAAAGACAGAUUUUCUCCUGUGUGAAUUAGUUUAAUCUGUGUACCAGUUUGCCAGAAUGCUAUUGUUACUGAUGCCAGUCUUCAGUUCCCGUGAGGGCAUUCCUUGAGCUGCCAUGAAUAGUUUCCAUAAAAAUCAUGAACUCAAGCAGACCUUGUCAUACACUGGCCUGAUUUAUCAGGUGACUAUCUAUUUUUUUAUUUAUUCCAAGGACCUCCAUAAAUGAUGAUCCUGUUGCAAAGGACCCCUUGUAUACAGACCUAUUUAUCCUGUUUGAAAAUAGUAAGCGGAAAAUGGCAAAAUAAAUGGAACUCUGAAGGAGGGAGAGGUGACUCCCACUUCCUUUAACCCAGACAGCUCCCUUCACCCUGCAAACGGCAAUGGCGACAGACACCUGCUAGACAUCAACCUGAAACAGAAGCCCACUCGACGGGCCUUCACCGCUGACUCAACUGGGGACAGAAAAAGUAGAAACACUAGCAGAAACAGAAUGGACUUCAAAAAUGACAAGUCCUCAGAGUUGAACACACUUGAGGGCAAAAAAGAGGCUUUGGCUUCUCUGAACGGUGUGGUGUCUGUACCACUUACAAACGGUUACCCUAGCAAACCCGGAGCUGACAAUGACGGCAGUGGCUCCGAGAGUGGAUACACUACUCCCAAGAAGCGCCGGGCCCAGAGGAAUGGCAAAGCUGGGGACAAUGUGACUGCUUCUGCCCAGGGAAAAGCCAUGCAGCAGGGCGGCAAACAAGACCACGGACCUGUGGCACCGGAGUCGGCCUCUGGCUCUCAGGUAGAGAGUGGCAGAGCCGGUUCAAAAGCCAAGGAUCCACCUGCCUCCGCCACCCCACCUCCUCUGCCGGUGGCUGACCUUCAGCGCAAGAACUUGGACGGCAAAGCAGCUGGCAAACGGUUUGAGGAUCGCUCCAGCAAGGUUAAGGUGGCUACCUCCACCAAAGAGGACUCAUGGACCUUGUUCAAGCCUCCGCCUGUCUUUCCUGUGGACAAUAGUAGCGCUAAGAUUGUGCCUAAGAUCAGUUAUGCAAGCAAAGUGAAGGAGAACCUCAAUAAGACUGCCCAAGCUGGCGGAGAGGCUCUCACUCCUGCUCCCCAGGUGCCUGGGAGACCACCACAGGUCCCUAUGUCUGCGGUGAAAACCAUCACCUCGGCUAGCUUUACCAACGGUCCUCUGCUGGGGGAAGGGAAUGGCUGUCCCCUGCCCGGCCCCCAUUUCAGCUCCGGUCCUCUGCUGGCGACCCCAGCUGUUGCCGCUGAGAAUGUAGCAUCUCCCCCUGGUAGCGGCAGUACGGCCAUCGGAAGUUCCACCACCUCUGUGGCUGAGCCUAGGAAGCCCAGCCUGUUCGUUUACCCCGUCACCCCCUCCAAUAUGCAACUCUCACUCCCUAGCGGCCGCCAAGCCGACCCCCCUGCUGCUGCGACAAAUCAGAAGUCUCUGGGGGACAUUUUUCAGAAUCAGUGGGGCUUGUCCUUUAUCAACGAGCCUAGCGCCGGACCAGAGGGCGUGGCGUGCUGCUCGAACGGAAAGGACUUGCCAGUAGAGGUGAGCUUUCAGGGAGGCUGUCCUGCUACAGUGGCCACUCAGACCUCCAGUACCUCUCAGAGACCGGAUCAACCACCCUUUCCCAAGGCUCACGAGGCAGAUAAACGGACUAACGCUCAGAAUCUGAGUCGAGGUGUGAGCGGCGGUGCCACGGCAGCAAGUGGGGUUGUACUCGAGACCCCUGUCUUUAGCUUGGAUGCCCAGAGAGAUGAGACUGGGGUUCAUGGUGCAAUAGUGUUUUGUUCUUCCUCUAAGGACAUUUGUGCUGAGCUGCCUCCCACCUCCCCAGCUGCACCCAAGGUGGCUUUGGCCAAGGAUCAGGGCCAUACUAAGGGCUUUGACAGGAGGUCUAGUUGGGGAUCAUUUGAUCUAAAAGCUGCUGUAAUUUAUCACACUAAAGAAAUGGAAUAUAUUUUGAAUUUGCAAAAACAAGAUCCAAAUCGUGUAGUCCUCUACAGUGAGUCAUGGGACGGACCUGCUCAGUGAGGCUGUGUCUGGACGCUAUAUCUCAGAUGAACACUGCUGCAAAAAGAUGUGCUUGAGGAACAUGGCUGCUGCCUCUGAACAUCCUGAACUAAUCCAAUCUCAAGAUGGUUUAGAAAGGACCUUGUUACCCGUUAACAGUCAAGUCUGAGCACAGAGGAACAGAGUGCGCUUGAGAAAACGGGUUAGCUGGUUUUAGAAUAUUAGAAUGGAAGAACUGGAGCUGUGGAACUCGACUCUAAUGCGGUCUAGCGGAUAUGUUGCUGAAGACAAUUGAAAUGACUUUGGGGACAUACAACUCGCACUCAUGAUAACCCUGUCAUGACAUUUGGUUGGGCGGAAGCUUCUCAUUUAAGUACUCGUGGACCUAAAGAGAGCAUCCUGGAGAAAAGCAUGUCACCACGUGUCCCCUCUUGAAUUCAAAUAAUCAUGUAGACUUAAAGUGGUCACAUUGAAUUCAUUUGGGCACAAAACCGAAGAGUGUCGCUCUCCAGUGAAUUAACAUACUGUGGCCAGAGGAACUACAUGGCUUUUUUUUUUUCUUUUUUCUUUUUGAGAUUCAGGGGAAUCGAGCUUCAUAUUUGUGUGGGGGGCAGUUAGUUCAAGCCUUUGGGAUUAAAUAAUUGUCUUAAUUUAAUUUCUGGACAUGAUUGGGUCAGUCCUGUUAGUGACGCGUCUCCAUUUCUUUUGUUUGUUUGUUGUUGUUUUUUUUCUUCCUUCUUUUACUUUUCUUUGAAAUACUUAAAAACUCCAAGGGCAGGUUAUGAGGUACACUCAGUUUGGGAAACCGUACGCCCUGUAGUGUGCAUGUGCAGUAUGCUGCUCUGUGCGUCCUCUUUUGAAAGAGUUCAAAGUGCUAUCGUUUAAUAGUCUUAUUGUCGUCUCUUCACGCUUCUGUCUCCUGACAGCCGUUCGAGUCUCUUGCUCAUUGUGUGAGAGUGUGUAAACAGAGGGCAGAGAUCAUGCUAUACUCUUUUCUCUUGAGUGUUUUAUGUUUUUAAUUUUUUAAGUAGCAGUUAGAACCCACAACUAAUGGAUAAGAUGUGCCACACACCACAGUUACUUUAGCUUUAAUGCUAAUAAGGUACAUUACGGAUAUUUUUUAGUUUUGGUUUAGUUCUUUAGAGCAAUCGCUGGCAAACGAUAUGGACUUUUUAUUUUUGCUUGAGAGACUAGAAGCAAAGCCCUAGCUUUUUUUAUCGAGCACCACAAUCACACUUUUAUGCUUUUUAUUUGUUGUUUUAAUUUGUUCCUGAUUUUCCAUGCUUAUCGGUUAAGUUUGCUAAUGCACAUAUGAGCCUCAUCAAUAGAACCGCUGUUGACAGGAAUUCUGCCGUUGUGUAAAUGUUUCUCUUUCUAAUGUCAGAAAAUGCAUUCUAAACUUAAAGUCUAUCCUCUGCUUUAUCAUUUCACAGAUUAAUUGAUUUAUACAUAAGAAUCAGUAGCACUUUAUGUAUUAUGUUCUUGAAUUGUAUUUCCUUAAACAUUGACAUAUCAGUACAUAUUUGAAAUUCUAGUAAUUAAUCAUAGGCUACUAACUUUAACCUCUACCUAAGGACUGUCGGUCCACAAUCUCAAAAGAAAUGUAUACGAAACAAAAAUAAAAAAAAAUAAAAAAAAAAAAGUAAAAAAAGGAAAGAAAAUAAAAAGACACUCAGGUAGAAUUAGGGCAGUGUUCUUCUAUCUAACAAAACAAAACAAAAAAAAAAAUGCACCAACAGUGUUAUUGCCAAAAAUGAAAAGAACGUCCCAUGUUUGUACCAGCUGGUUUUUUUUUUUUUGUUGUUGUUGUUUUGUUUUUUUUAAUUGUAACUUUUUGAGGAGUUUAAUUUGACUGAAAGCCAAUGCUUACGUCUUUACAGGUAUCAUUUGGCAUCCAUGUUUUCUGUACAUGACCAUUAAACACUGCCAGGUGAAAAGAUUCAAGUACACAUGGAAGAAGUUAACCACACUACGUAUCUGUAUGUCUUUCCUUUGCAAGAGUUUUCAGGUUUUAAAUGCAGCAUGUAAGGGUUUCCAAAGUGGUCAGUCUUCUUCACAAAACGUGGGAUGUUUUGCAAUAGUUCUUAAUCCGUUUCUGUUCUUGAGGUAUCUGAAGCCUGUUCGGUGUCUUAGUUCAAAAGAUACUGGGGGGAAAAACUCGAAACAGAUGUAAGGUUGUUAAAUUCUGCUUCAUCUUCUCUAAUUCCGUUUGGAUUCCACUUAAAAGCUUUGUGCAAUGUAGAGAAAUCCUGCGAUUGAUAAUUAGCUUGUUUUUGGGCUUUUUAGAUGCACAUCUCUUCAUUGCUUCACUUGAGUUUUAUUGUAGUUAUCUAAAUUUUCUUUAAACGGCUCACAUAGAGCAUUUUUCUUUUUCUUCCUUUUUUUUUAUAUAUAUAUAUAUCAAAGGGAUUUGCUUAAGGAGAUACUGAUGUAAGCAUAAUUUAUAACCAUCUGUUAUUACAUUAAGUUAAUUAUGAAAUACCUCUGUGAACAUGUAUUGUCCCGGUAUCCCUGUUUUCCCAUUAAAGGGAUUGUUCAGAUUCUGUCAUCAUUCACUCAACCUUGUGUUGUUCCAAACCUGCAAGAGUGAAAGAGUGAAAGUCAUGGGGCUAUGUGCUGUUUUGGACCCCAGUGACUUUCAUUAUACAGACAAAAACAGUUUAAAUGUGUUUGAAACACCCUGAGGGUGAGUAAAUGAUGGCAAGAUUCUCAUUUUUGGUCAAACCGUUCCCUUAACUCAGUUACAUCUUUGUAAACGCUGUCAGCAGAAUGAACUGAACCUGGUCUUUGCUUUAAAAUCUCAACUCCAGGGGUCAAAUGCACAUAUAGAGGUUCUAUGCACAGAAUGCAAACAGAACGAAGUUUAUAUUUUAGGGGGUUGCACAUUAGCUUAAUUUCCUCAAUUUAAAUAAGCACUUACUACCCCACAAAUGAUAUAAUUGCAAUAUAAAUUAUUUACAUAAAUCUUAAAUAGCUCCCCUUAGUGUUUUAAGCAAUGAGAGCACGUAUGGAUGGGAAAGAGGUACAGUGAUCCUUAAAUGGUGCGUUUGAUUGCAAAAUCUGUACCGAGAAAACGCAUCUUUGUUGGCAUAUUCAAAUUUCAUGUGUUUUCUUGAUGUAUGAAUGAUUCUUGUCUUGUCCUGACAACUCAACUCAUGCGUGUGGAUGCAUAUGUGUGUUCGUGUGCAAGCAUGUGUAAUUGUCUACAUUCAUGCGCUCAAUUAUAUGCAAAGUUAAUAUUGCGAACUUUUCAAGUUCAGGGUGCCUGUGUUAAGCGAUAUAUAAACGGAAUCACAUCAGAACAUGAAAAACUCUUGCUUUUCUUUUGCCCCCGUCCCCACACCCCCAUUACCCCCAACAAUCUUCAGUUGUGCCAUGUUUUGACUGUUAAAAGUUUGAAUUAAUAUGUCAUUUUUAUGUUGCCCUCUCUGAAUUUCCUCGUGGUCAUGAAGAGAGGGUUACAUUAUGUCUCAAGAAUCUUUGUCACUGCUAAUAAACUUGUUGAGAAAGA